UCAACACUGAAGCCGCGACAUACAUAUAAGCAAAGAUACACAAUAAAUAAAUACUCGACCAUUAUGGACCUGGACUGGCAAAACAGUCUGACAGAGAUCAAGGACCGUGGCCAGUAUCUGCUACACUCGGAGAAAUGGGCCGAUUGUCGCUUUGUGGUGGGCUCGCCGCCAAAUCAACGCUUAAUCGUUGGCCACAAACUGCUCCUGGCGAUGGCGUCGCCCGUCUUCGAACGGAUGUUCUUUGGCAAUUUGCCGGACAAGACUGAUCCGAUCAUCAUACCCGAUGUGCAGCCGGAGGCGUUCGAGGCGAUGCUGGAGUACAUAUACACGGAUCGCAUAACAAUCGGUUCGUUUGACAAGGCCUGCAAACUGUGCUAUGUGGCCAAAAAGUAUAUGUUGCCACAUGUGGUGACACGCUGCACCCAUUUUCUCUGGGCGGACCUGAGUCCGAAAAACGCCUGUCGCGCCUACGAGUUCGCCAAACUGUUCGAUGAGCCGCGUCUCAUGCAGAGCAGCAUGGAUCUGAUUGCGGCCAAUACUCGUGAAGUGCUCUCCGAUCCCAGUUUCCUGGACAUUGAAGUGUCCACUUUGAUGGCCAUAUUUGAUCAGCACCGGCUCAACAUUGACUCCGAGUUGGAUCUAUUCAAUUGCCUGCUCAAAUUCGCCAGCGAACGUGGCAUUCUCAAUGAGAAUGCCAACGAUGAGGUGGCCAGAAAAUCAUCCAGUUCCGUGGAGCGACAAGAUGCGGCUGACAACAACAGCAGCCACAUUGCCAACGAUGUCGUUGUCGAGGAGAUCAAAAUGGAGCCCGAUGUGGCCGCAAUGGUGCGUCAUCUGCAUCAGGAUGAGGAUGUCGAUAAUUUUAAGCAGAUCGCUGGCAGCAGAUCCGCUUGCAGUUCACCCAUCACUGUCGCAUCCGCGUCCGCCUCCACUUCGAAUUCGAAUGCCAAUUUGAGUGCGUCGACUGGGCAAGAUGAUGAUGUUAUCAUUGACAGUGAUGCCUCCGGCAAUGCAAAUGAUGAAAUGAACGCCGCCGAGGCGGCAGCCAACAUGAUCAAUAUGAUGGAUGCCCAGCGCACAAUAAUGGAUGGGGCCAUGUUGCGGCAGGCGGUAAAGAAGAUACGCUUUCUCACGAUGACGCCGCAACAGUUCGCUGAGGGUCCGGCACGGUCGAAGCUGCUGCAGCAGCACGAAGCACUCGCCAUACUCAUCAAAAUCUCGAGUCCCACGCUAAAUGAUAUGCCCGAGGGUUUCUGUGUCUCGCGCAGCACACGCAAUUUCUAUGAAUCGUCGCAUCGUCAACGCGAGCUGAGCUCCUCAUAUCGCCAUGUGGCCGCUGGUUGCACCAUUAGCAGUGGCAGCGGUGGUUGCGGGGGCGGUAUCGGUGGCAGUGGUGGCAACAAUGUCACAUCCAUAUCUGGUUGCUUGCCGGGCACAACGGGACGCAGCAUCUAUCAGCCGGUGUUAAGCCGGCGGGUCAGUGUGCCCCUAAAUUUAAACGCCUCGCACAUGGAUCAUAUGUCGAUGAACGCCAGCUUUGGGUUUGGCGAUGAGCUCACGCUAUCAAAUAAUGCCAACGGUGCCGCCGCCGCUGCCGCAUUCGGUGAUGCGUUCGAGGGAGCACCAGCUCAAGCACCAUCUCAAGCAGCUGCUCCGCCCGGCAAUGAGAACAGUGAUGUCAGCGUGGAGAGCAGCUCGCAUCACGACAUGACCCGAUCCUAUUGUAUGCGCUCGAUGUCACGUCAAUUUGACUAUAAAAACACCAGUGUUACAGACUGUGGCGUCACCUUUCAGGUGGAUACAAAUAUUUGGAUACUGGGCGUACAGGUGCCGACGCAGGUGCUCUGCGGCGAACUGACGACUUCGGCAAAUUUUGCUAAGCGAUACACCGAGGUGCUCUAUGCGCACAUUCAGGAUAUGCACGGCUCGAGGAUUACGUAUACGCACUGUACAGCACGGGUGCGAUACGAUUCACAUCUGGACAUUACGUUCGAUCGGCCCGUUUACAUCUAUCGCAAUCAGAUCUACAAGAUAUAUGUGCAAUUCAACAAGAUGGGCUGGUAUCCGAUGUACUCCUGUGUGCCGGACACCAUUCGGCAGCGUGUCAAAUUUAUGUUCAAUGUGGGCAAUCCGACAGAAUCGGUGCGCGAUGGCCUCAUCCAUGCGAUCAUAUUCUCCACGCCGCAGGAUCACAUACGCCAUUUGAUCGACUAAUGUCGAAAUGGAUGUGGACGUGGUGGCGUGUCUUGUUCGGCAUAUUCGAUGUGAUAGACUAAUUUCUUCCAAUGUAUCAAUGUACAGUGAAGCAAGCCCCCCUCCCCUGGCCACUUGCAGCGAUACAAAUCCCCAUUAUUUUGUAUCUUACUUCCACAGCUCGCUUCUACUCAUACAAUAAAUACUUCUACAAUAAAUAAAUAACUACUUUUCUCAGUUUUGAGUCAUUAA